UAGGAGCGGUGGUGACAAUGAAGACUGUUUGCCCAAGUCGAAGUGGAUAACCAUGCUGCUCGCCAUUGCCGUCCCCUCGGCGGCGCCGCUCCGGCGACCACAUCACUUCCGCUUUCUCCACCCAUCCAGAAAGCUUGCCCUAUCCAGAACACGCUGCGCCCCCUCGCUCCCGGCAGAGUCGCAGCCAGUGGCUCCGCAACCCCGGCGGUACCCGAGGCAGUACCCAGGCGAGGCGGUGGGCGUUGCCGAGGAGAUGCGGUUCGUCGCCAUGCGCCUCCGCAACACUAAGCGCGCCACUCGUAAUAAGGACAAUAAUAGGGCUGACGGAGCCGAGGAGGACGAUGAAUCGAAGGAGGAGGAGGUGGAGGACAACGACGAGAUGGACGAGGAGGGCAACGACGAAGAAGUGAAUGAGGAGGAGGAGGACAACCGUGAAGUGGAGGAGUGGAUGCCCAGCAUGGAAGGGUUCGUGAGUUACCUCGUGGAUAGCAAGCUUGUCUUCGACACCGUCGAGCGGAUCGUAGCCGGGUCCACGGACGUCGCCUAUGUUUACUUCAGGAAAAGUGGUUUGGAACGUUCGGCUAGCAUUGAAAAAGAUUUGGAGUGGUUCAGAGAACAAGCAAUUGAAAUUCCAGAGCCAAGUACUUUUGGAUCAACAUAUGCAGCUUAUCUGUCUGAAUUGGCUGGGAGCAGUGCCCCGGCCUUCCUUUCUCACUAUUACAAUAUUUAUUUUUCCCAUACAACUGGAGGUUUGGCGAUUGGUAAAAAGACAUGCGACAAAAUUUUGGAAGGGAGAUUGCUGGAGUUCUACAAAUGGGAUUCUGACCCAGAAAUUUUACUAAAAGAUGCUAGGGAGAAGCUUAAUGAGCUUAGCAAGCACUGGUCUCGGAAGGACAGGAACUUGUGCUUGAAAGAAGCCGCAAAAUGCUUCCAGUACAUGGGGCGGAUCGUGCGGUUAAUCGUUUCAUAGACAAACGACCAAUCACUCUACAGGCUUAACUUGAUUCUUGGUGCUGCAGAUGCAUCUCCGCGCCUUCUUCAUCUACUGGCAGGUGCUUCCCUUGGCAGUUGACGGCCUACUUCCUGCCUGGCUUCUGAUAAUGUAGGGGGUACUUAAGGAAAACGAACUCAGUAACUUGUGAUAAUGAUGGUGGUGAUUUUGAUGGUAAAUGCU